AGGCCAGACUCAACUACAUAGUGAGUUUGAAGCCUACUUGGGAUACAGGAGAUCAACCUGAAAACAAAACAAAACCCACAAAGCUGAAAAAAGAAAGUCUAGAAGAAUCUCUCAUCUGCCUGCCUGCCUACCUAUUUAUCACGUGUGUAGUUGUGUAGUGUGCAUACCACAGAUCCAGUGUGAAAGUCAGGCCGACCUGCCGGAGGUAGUUCUUUACUAUGUGAGUCCUGGAACUCAGGUCCUUGGUCUUGCUGGCCAUCUUUUGGCCCCAGGGGGACGUAAAUAUUAGAGGGUUUUCUUUACCAUUGAAAGCAAGUAGCAAGUUCCCAGGCAAUCUUUUUUAUGCAUUCAAUAUGAAAAAAGUAGAUGUACAGUAGGAAACUUCUUGAACAUAACAAUUUUUGAUAGGACCUGGGAAGCUGCCUAGAUCUAUAGCCUACAGCUUUGUGUGAGUCAUUCCCCAGCCAAGAAAAGCACUGGCAUUUGCUUUGUUUCUUUAAGUGCUGAUCUCAGUCGCAACGAGCCAAACCACUCCCAGGUAGGUUCUGCUGGUUCCGGCUGCUUCCGGGCUUCGAGACCCACGCACGCGCAGUGAAACAACCUGCCGCUCUGCCGCUGGGCAGCGCGGGCCUUGCGUGAGCGUGACGUCACCGCGUGACGCAGCCGCUGGUAGCAGCAAUGGCGGCCGCCGUGGACCCGGAGGUGGAAGACCCGCUGUGGAGCUUUGUGCGGGUUCUGGAGAAGCGGGAUGGGACGGUGCUCCGCCUGCAGCAGUACGGCUCGGGAGGCGUAGGUUGCGUUGUGUGGGACGCCGCCAUCGUCCUUUCCAAAUACCUGGAGACGCCGGGGUUCUCUGGCGACGGGGCCCACGCGCUGAGUCGCCGCUCGGUGCUGGAGCUGGGCUCGGGCACCGGGGCCGUGGGGCUCAUGGCUGCGACCCUCGGGGCAGAUGUUGUAGUCACUGAUCUUGAGGAGCUGCAGGACCUGCUGAAAAUGAAUAUUAAUAUGAACAAGCAUCUGGUGACCGGGUCUGUUCAAGCCAAGGUACUGAAAUGGGGGGAAGAACUAGAAGACGUGACUUCGCCGGAUUACAUAUUGAUGGCUGACUGCAUAUACUAUGAAGAGUCCUUGGAACCAUUGCUGAAAACAUUAAAAGAUCUCAGUGGAUCUGAAACUUGUAUUAUAUGUUGUUACGAGCAACGUACAAUGGGGAAAAAUCCAGAAAUUGAGAAAAAAUACUUUGAGCUCCUUCAACUAGACUUUGACUUUGAGGAAGUUCCUUUGGACAAACACGAUGAAGAAUACCGAAGUGAAGACAUUCAUAUUAUAUACAUCAAAAAGAAGCAACCGAAACUGCCUUCUUGAAACCCUUUUCCAUCUUAGCCACGCCCCUGACAUCCUGGGUGAGGUGCAGAUGUGAAUGGAGCAUGUGCAUACAGCAUGGGAAGAUGCAUUCACAGUUUCUCCAGCAUGUCCUUAGAGCUCUGGUGUCUGGAUGGCGACCCCCGCGGACCGCCCACAGGGAAAUGCCUGCCUGCCCUGGGCUUGAAAUCCAGCUUAGGUUACUUAGCUCAGCACCAAGGUCUGCUUAAAAGAAGCAGUGGGAUCACUCAAAUAAAAAUAAAUUUGAGGUUAGCCUCAAGCAUGGUUGAUUUUCAAGAAACUAGAGAUAAGUCGCUCUAAUUCCUAUGAUAUCUGCUACUCUAUAGCAGUGUUUUGAGGGCUUGUCAUGGUGAUGCACGCCUUUAAUCCUAGUACUGGGGAAGCAGAGGCAGGUGGAUCUCUGAAUUCCAGACCAGCCUGGUACACAGAGCCAGUUCCAGGAAUAAUGAGACCCUGUCUCAAGAAAGAAAGAAACUAGAGAUAAGUCAACCCAGUUAGUAAUCGUAAUUAUGUCUUACUGUAUAAUAAUGCUUAAAUUUCAAUUUGUGUUUGACGUAAAUCCCAAAGACAGUCACACUUUACAUAGCUGCGCAGUGAUGGUUUUUUCCUUCUGUCUUUAAUACUUACAUGUUCUUUUAAAAGAAACUGAAAAUGUUAUCUUGCAUCUUUACCGGCCAGAGUUUUCUUUUCCUCCGUCACAGGUAGGCGAGUGGUCCUGAUGUUAAGGACACUGCAGUGAGUCCUUUCAGACAGAGGCUGUCUCUGAAGGAAGGCGUGAGCAGAGAGCCGGCGCAGGCUUCCGUGCUCACAUGGCUCAGCAGUCUCUCGUACAUAUCAUCCAAGAAAAUCUGACUUGAAAAUACCAAUAUUAAGACAUCAUGUUUAUACGAAACUGGUUUUUUUUUUUUGAGUAACUAAAACUUAGUUCAGUGCACAUUUAUCAAAUGCUUUUUGCUGUGUUGUCUCGUUUUUGUUCCAAUAAUAUCUGCGCACAUAGACUAAUCUGUCAAUGACUUGAACACCACCACCAGUUCCAAAAAGUAGUAACCAGAUGGAAUUCUGGAAUUUUCAGUCGUUGGUGCUAGAUGGCACAUUUCAUGUGUUGAAAUAAACAUCAUUUUGAAACCUUG